AUGUUUACCUCCGACGACGCGGAGGUAUGGUUCCAGCAAGUCGAAUGGACACUUGAAGAUGCCGGCGUCAAAACCAGCAUCGAAAGGUUGUGUCAGGUCACGAGAUCGCUCGACACCCGGGAGGCCAGAGAAGUUCGCGACCUAAUUCUCAACCCACCAGUCGACAGGCCUUACAAACAACUUAAGGACGAGUUGCUGCGACGCCUAAGGAAGUCACAAGCUCAAAAAACGCGUCAACUUCUGGAGCGCGAGGACAUUGGCGACAGAUCGCCAUCUCAGUUCAUGCGCCACCUGCAGACGCUCGCAGGUUCCUCAACAGCCGACGAGAUUAUCCGGGCCAUGUGGAUGGACCGUAUCAACCCGAUCGUUCGCGUCAGCAUCGCCGUACAAGCAGCACAGCCAGGAAUCAGCCUCGACGACCUGGCGAAAACCACCGAUAGCGUCAUGGAUGCACUGGGGGCUGUUGCGCCCCAACAAAGACAAGUUUCCGCGGUGUCAGGUGCUACCUAA